AAGCGGCUGCCUCACAGCUCUCCAGUAACAGAGACAGUAUAGACGACACUAGCGAUUCACACACAGCACAUCUGAGACUCCACCUGACCUGCACGCGCCCUGACUAGCCCGCGGGAGGAAGAGGAUGAUGCUGAUGCUGGUGAUGAAGACAUAAAAGGAACUUUGCGCUCUUCUCUGGACUGUUUUAAAUCCUCUUUAUUUUUCCUCUUUUCUCUGGACAUGAAAUAAAGUCACUGACCCAUAAACACCAGUUAUGGCGAGCCACUGAGGAGACGAGACUUGAAGACUGUCAGCGGUCAAAGGGAAUCAAAAAAUAACAAUUCACUCCUCAUCAUCAGCAGCAGCAGCAUCAGCAGCAGCACAGGGUCGGACUCACACCAGGAUGCUACUUCAGCACCGACACUAGACGGGUCCAAACAGCUGCUGCCAACAUGUUCAAGAGAGGUUACGGUGGGGUGGAGUUACUGUUGGUGCUGUGUGGCCUAGAUCUGUCUCUGCCCUGCCCUCGCCACUGUAUCUGCUACACUUCACCCAGCACCGUCUCCUGCCAGGCCCACAACUUUCAUGCCGUGCCCGAGGGCAUCCCCGCCCAGAGCGAGCGCGUCUUCCUGCAGAACAACAAGAUCCAGCGGCUGCUUCGCGGCCACUUCUCGCCCACCACCACCAUGCUGUGGCUUUACUCCAACAACAUCUCCUACAUACAGCCCUCCACCUUCCACGGCUUCGACCGCCUGGAGGAGCUCGACCUUGGGGACAACCGGCACCUGAAGGCCGUCGCUUCAGACACGUUCCAGGGCCUGGGUCGGCUCCACGCCCUGCACCUGUACCACUGUGGCCUGAUCAGCCUGCCUGCGGGGAUCUUUUCGGGUCUGCAUAAUCUCCAGUAUCUCUACCUACAGGACAACCAGUUAGAGUUCCUGGAGGAUGACCUGUUCAUCGACCUGCUGAACCUCAGUCAUCUAUUCCUGCAUGGCAAUCGACUGUGGAACCUUCGGCAAAACACUUUUCGCGGUCUUGGGGUCUUGGACCGCCUUCUUCUCCACCAGAACCGGAUCCAGUGGGUUGACCGCCAGGCUUUCCAUGACCUGCGUCGCCUCACUACUCUGUACCUGUUCAAUAACUCCCUGACUGAACUAUCGGGUGCCAGUCUGACUUUACUGCCAGCCCUGGAGUACCUGCGACUUAACGACAACCCCUGGGAGUGCGAUUGCAAGGCUCUGUCACUUUGGGAUUGGCUGCGGAGAUUCCGAGGUUCCACCUCCUCUCUGAUGUGCGUGUCACCACCGGAGCUGGCAGGGAAGGACCUGAAAGUGCUGAAGAAAGAGGAUCUGCCCAGUUGCUUGUCAGGUGAAAGUCACGCACGCGGUGCCCAGGACGGAGAGAUGGAACACGGGGAGUCUUUGAACCACCUAAACCGUCACAGAAAGCAUCAUAACCACCAUCAGCAGCCCUAUUUGCCACACGGGGAUCAGUACAGCUUCCCUUCACCGUCACCGCUGCCACGGCCGCCUAAGGGAGGCCGCAGGAACUGCACCCGCCGGGGCCGCAAGGCAAAAGGGGGGCCAAAUGAGGUGCAGGUACUACAAGAGGGGGGUGAGACAGACUAUACCCCAGACGGAGGUAAAUAUGACCUGCCUGCAACUGCAAGGAGGAAGAAUAAGUGCACCCCCAGGACUUCUGUCGGCCCGCCAAGUGGGGUCCAGAGAGCUACUAAUAAGGCAGAGUCACAGCGAGCAGAUUAUAUGCUCAGUUACUCAUCAGCCCUGCUGCUGUCGCUCAUUUCAGUAAUCCUACGCUGAGAGUGAAUACAGACACUGUUGACUUGGUGGUACAAAUCUAUGAUUCAUUCUCCUGAAACACCCCGUCCUGGCUCUUAAAAACGGAGGCAUAACUGUGUAUACAUAACUAUGUAUAAAGAACAUUAUCAAAUAUCUACUCUCAAAAGUUUCCCUGAGGUAAUAAGGCAGGGAUCUUUGUGAGUCAUAAUCAAAACAUAGAAGUCAGGGAAAAUGAUAUAUCCCAUUGCUUUGAUGAUGUCACCAAGGGAAACAACAGGAGAACUUUGUAUUUGUCUCUGUGGCAUCGAGUGCUUCACAGAAUCCACGUAUUUACGACAUUGUACAGCCACGCAAAGUAAGAAGCCAAUGAUUCAUUCAGAUUAAGGCGAGAACACCAGUUAACGGGGUUCAAAGCGGUUUCAGACUUAGCUCUCUUGACACAGUAAAGCUUACUCAGUGCACCCUUCAUCUGUCAUUCACACUGAGACACGUUUUCUCACUUCUUACCUACACAUUUGGAAACAAGACUGCAGACACAAUUAGCUGUAAAAUGAGUCAUCACAUCAAGUUCCAGCAGUAAAAACUGUCAUUACUGUAUGUCUACUAAUUACGCGGUUGUACUUCCAUGUCUUGCGGCAGGGUUGACUCAAUUUAAUGCACAUCUGUGUUUUUGGGUUUCACGCUAAACGCUAAAAAAAAAGAAAGAAAAAAAAUCAAAAAACACCGGACUUGAGAAAAUAUAUAGCAACUGUCCUUUUCCCCUUCGCAUCAUAUCAACUUGAAAGCCAUUCUGAACUAACCAAUCACACGGGACGUCUUGUCACAGUUAGUUGUAAAUGAGCGAGUGGGAGAACGUGUGAUGAUGUAUCCGUUUACUGCUCGUAUAACCGUGCGUCCACUGAAGAAACCACUAAAGCCAUGAGAGUAGAACGAAGCUUAAAAACAGCAAGAGUGCCUAAAAGAGAGCCAAGAGUUUGAGGACGAACUAUGACGGAGACAUUUUCAGUCAAUCUACGACGUCACCGGCUGCAAAACAGAGGCCUCAACAAGCCAGAAAGGUCAAGGACCAAGUACAAGCUGUGGCCGGGCUCGCAAAACUUUCAAACUCCAACAAACUGUAUUGCACUUUCUUCUGUAAUGCUGUGGAGGUUGAUGUGAAAAGAAAAUAUAUAUAUAUA